CCAUCCAUCCAUCCACCCACCCAUCCAUCCAUCCACCCUCCCAUCCCGGGCAGCCUCAUGCAGGGUGACCCUCGCAGGGCUCAGCCCUCACCCCGGUGCUCCUCCGUUGGCAGCAAGACGCGGAGGUGAACCUGCGGAAGGCCAAGCAGGUGUACAUGCAGCGCAGCGAGGAGCAUGAGAAGGCCAAGUACGUGGCGGUGAGAGCAGAGGAGGAGCAGCAGAGCACCGCCAGCAGCACCACCACCAAAACCCUGGACAAGAAGAGGCGGCUGGAGGAGGAGGCCAAGAACAAGGCAGAAGAGGCCAUGGCCACCUACCGGACCUGCGUGGCGGACGCCAACACGCAGAAGCAGGAGCUGGAGGACACCAAGGUGAACUCCCUGCGGCAGAUCCACGAGCUGAUCAAGCAGAGCGACCAGGUCAUCAAGCUGGCCACCAUCGCCUUCUACCAGAUCAUGCACAUGCAGACGGCGCCGCUUCCCGUCUACUUCCAGACGCUGUGCGAGAGCAGCAAGCUGUACGACCCCGGGCAGCAGUACGCCUCGCACGUCAAGCAGCUGCAACGAGGGGACGAGCCCGACACGCAGUAUGACUUCGAGCCUUACGUGUCCCACAACGCCUGGUCCCCCUUCACCCGCACGCGGAAGGGCAGCUUCAACGCCAGCGACUUCUCCACAAGCGGCGGCUCCGACGGGGCCGGGCUGCCCAGGGAUGGGAGCGGCACAGAGGGACCCAGGGAGACCCAGGGUGGGACGGUGGCGGAGCGCAGAGGGAGAGGACACCAGGUGCACAAAUCCUGGCCGACCUCCACCUCCGAAACCGACAGCAGCCUGGAUUCCAGCACAGGAGAGUUCAGCCACAAACUGCAGAGGCUGUCAUCCAACGGCACCAUGUCCUCGAGCGAGGAGCUGGGAGAGAAGGACGAGAACGCUGCCUCCUUCGAGCAGA